AUGUUACUUUCUGUGCUGUUCAUGAACUUAUUAAUUCAAGUGUUUUGUGAGGGGAACAAACAGAUGAAACCAUAUACCUUUCCCAUACCUUUUGAAAUGCCCAACAGAAAUGAUCGUGCCGAACAGUGCUGGCUAAGAAUAGAAGAUUUGGAGAUCACGGAGACAAUAACGACAUACUGUCGUAUUGCCCAUGCAUUUCUUCAUAGUUACAUCCCUGAAUACAAUCUAAAGAAAAUGACUGAGGAUGACGUCAAUGUUAACGUAUGGGACGAAGACCCUAUUAGAAGUCCAGAAGAUAGUUUAACUAAACUACCUGAAUCCGACCAGAAAACUUUAAAGGAUUGGAAGCAAACUACAGUGACGGACCCAAUAACUAAUAUUAGGAUAUAUGUGAGUCAAGAAGCAGAUUGUAGAUUGGUCGUGAUUAACAGAGAAGCAAUGUCAAAUUACAAAGUUGAUUGUGAAACUUUGUUGUAUUUUUUUAAUCAACAUUUGGAUAAUAGUGCAAUGUUUUCUUCCAGUAAUAGUAACUAUCUCAUAGUCACUUGUGUUUUCCUCAUAGUUAUAAAUAUUCCGAUUAUAUGGCUGAACUAG